AUGGCGACACGCAGUGAUGAGAGUGUUCCUUCAUGGGAUGGACAGGCGAAAAAUUGGCGUAGAUACACAAAAGAGGUUGCAUGGUUUGUUGCAUCGACCCCCACCAAAAAACGUAGAUAUGUGGCCUCCAAAUUGAUUUCAAGACUAUCUGGUCCUGCUCGUCUUCUAGCUAUGUCAUGGUCAAGAACAGAAUUUGAUUCUCCGGACGGUACCCUGAAUCUUUUGAAGAAGUUAGCUGGUUCUCCACUGGUUCGAAAGACAUUACCAAAUACAGCUGCAAUUCUUCAACAAUACCUGGGAUUUAGGCGACAGCCUGGUGAGUCAAUGGCAAAUUUCUUGGUACGUGAAACUUUGGGAUAUGAAGAGUUUUCUGAAGCCCUCAUUCGGCUAUGGGAAGAACAGACCGGUAUUGACCCUGCUGAAAGAAAUUUUGGUUUGCCACCUAUUUCUGAAUGGGAUUGGUGGGAUGAUGACUAUGAGUAUGGCUAUAUGGGGGGCAUGGAUGUCACUACUGGUGAUGCGGAACAUCAGCAUGAUCCUGCGGCUACUGCGGCAGCUGCAGCCUCUCCUGAGCAAGGCGCUGAACCUCCUGUAAGUGCGGCUCCAGGCUCCUCACCGAGUCAUCGAGUUGGUGCGGCCUCUGAGCAUUCUGCGCCAGGACCUGAAAGUGAUCCGGGAAAGCCCAAAAUACCCCAAGAUGGCAAGAGUCCUUACCAUUCGAAAGAUGGCAAUGGCAAGGGCUUUAGCAAGAACCCCGUGAAUGCCUACGCACUCUAUGGCAUGGAACUGGCCUCAACGACGAAGGCAUCAACCAGCACUGGCUCUAGCUCUUUGGCUUCCCAAGCUCAUGGCAUAUGGGCAACUCUGCCCAUGCUGGAAAAGAUCACCGCGGAGGAGAAGCUGAACAACAAAGUUCAGUACCUGCUGGAGAAGCCCAACGUCGAGAACUUCUUGAAGGUUCCAAAGUCCAAGGCAGCCUCAAAGAAUGUGGAGAAGAAGAUGGUUGUCACCAUGGGCUACAUGGCCCAGAGCUCACCGAUGACAAGUCCUUCCGACAGCAGCUGGGAUCCGAUUCUGGAUUCACCAGAUCGUCGCAACUUGGAGGACUUCCUGACCGAACAGGAAAGGAUCGACCUGCGCAACCUGGUGCUUGCAAGAAAGGGGAUGACACCACCCGACGAAGUCAUCCUCACCGAGAUGCUGGACUUCCCAAAUGGAAGAUUGAAAUGGCUCGCGAUUUUCGAUGUGAUGCUUGUGAUCGACUUCUACAAGGCAGCAAAAGCUCAGGCCAAGAAGGUUUUCCAGAAAGGCGUCACUUUUUCUGAUCCUGCACUUCAACCACGUUCCAAGAUCGUUGGCAAGAAAUCCUUGACUCCAGAUGACUGGAAGCCCAAAGCAGGUGAUGAUGAUGUUGAACUACUACCUGAACCUGGCAGUGCUUCUCAACCUGCAGCACUGGAACCUGCGGCUUCUGACUCUCCUGACCUUGAAGAGUUGUUGGAGCGCGAUGUCAACGACUAUGAUGUUUCUCCUCGACCUCUACCAGACCCUAAGAAGCAAAAGAUCAACGAUGACAAAGACAUGAGAACCCUGCUGAGGGAACAACACUCCUCUCAGUAUGACCUCAAAUGGGUGGAGGAACUACAUCAGCCAGAUGAUGGACUUUUGGACUUUUACCAUCUGGUUGUUGACAAUGACUUGGAUUGCCUCUCCAUGCAGUUUGACUUGGACUUUGUGUCAAACCGGCAGUUCAAGAAUUUCCUCAGAAGCCCCACUGCGUAUCUUGUCAAAAAGAUGCGUGUUCGCCACUACGACUUCAUGUUCGACCACUGGCCCUUGUCUGCAAUGCUUGGCUCAGGAGGGGUUACCCCGCAGGUGUCACACCAACCAAAAGCCAACGUCGCCAUGCGGGACCCAUCCCUUCAUGAUGUGGUGACCGCAGCCGCAGCACCCUGGACGGUGCCGAAGAAGGACGAUGAAUUACAUGAGAACGGUGAAAAGGCGACUGGAAGUGAGAAGAGUUCCACUGUUUGUGGCCCAAGCCCAGGUCGACCAAAGUUUUGCCGAGCUGACGCGGAUAGGAUUGGCCCGUGCCAAAGGCAUGUGUAUGUAGAUGAUCGGCAGAUGAACAAUGCCGAAGGCACUGCUGAUCAGAUUGUGGAUUCUGUGACUAGCCCUGGUGGCAUCUUUUCAGAAGGCCAACAGAUUGCGAAGAUGUCGCGGAAAUGA